CAAUCGAAAGUAAACAAAUCAACCCUUUCGAAGCAGCCCUGCAGUUGUAGGAUUUGUUUGACGCGCUACCGAUGGCUGCGAAUAGUUUGCGCCAGUUUUAUACGGAAUUUAUUUUAUUGUACAAAAGUUUUCCCUGCCUGUGGGACAUUACCUCGAAGGCGUACAUCGAUCGGGCGGAAAAGCAGAAAGCGUACGACCAGUUGGUACAAAAGUAUAAAGAAAUCGACAAGAAUGCGACACGCCAUGCGGUUACAAAGAAGAUCAACACUCUGCGAACGUGCUACCGCCGGGAGCUAGGAAAGAUUAGCAAAUCCAUUCGUUCCGGUGCCAGCGAGGAGAAUGUGUACCAACCGACGUUAUGGUACUUUGAUUUGUUCACCUUUCUGGACGAAGGCAAAGGUCAGGAUGAGGAAUUGCCAUACGAUGGCUGUGAUACAAGUGCUGCGGCACAUGAUUCCGCGGUGGAAGAGAUUGUAGAGCAUAUAGAAAUAGAGUAUAUUGACGAUGAAACAUACCAGGACAGUAACGAUUAUGAUUCGACUGUGGAUGAGGAACGGCUCCUUUCGCCGUGCAGUAUGGGCUCCAGCAACGUAGCUGAACCGUCCACUGGGAAAAGAAAAUACUCUUCCAUUGAUCAGGGAGUAGAUACACGGGCCAGCUAUGGCUGUGCUAGCAAUAAUGUACCAUUUACUUCGAAGCGAGAAGAUGCAUUUGAUAUUUUUGGCAAACACGUUGCGUACAAACUGCGUUCCCUGAGCAAGCAGCAGAAUAUUCUGGCACAAAAGCUCAUUAACGACGUGCUGUUCGAAGGUGAAAUGGAAACACUGAACCGACAUUGUAAAUUAUCCAUUCCAAACGAUCGUCGACAUAGGGCAGCGUGCACUAAACACGAAAUUUAAGAGGUUUUUCAAUGUUUGUGAAAAGAAUAAGUAAUAUUUUGUAGAAAAA